UAAUAAGCAUCUUAAAAAAAAACAGAGUUUCUUUGAAAUAAAAAAAAAAAACAUUUUACAGCUAAGUAAGCAAACGCAAUGGCUUCCUCAAUUGUCUCAUCGGCAGCCGCUGCUACCCGUAGCAAUGUUGCUCAAGCUAGCAUGGUCGCACCCUUCACCGGACUCAAAUCCUCCGCGUCUUUUCCCGUUACCAAGAAGAACAACAACGUUGACAUUACCUCCCUUGCUAGCAAUGGUGGACGUGUUAGAUGCAUGCAGGUGUGGCCACCAAUCAACAUGAAGAAAUACGAGACAUUAUCAUACCUUCCUGACUUGUCCGAUGAGCAAUUGCUUAAGGAAAUUGAGUAUCUUUUGAAAAAUGGAUGGGUUCCUUGCUUGGAAUUCGAGACUGAGCACGGAUUUGUGUACCGUGAGAACAACAGUUCCCCAGGAUACUACGAUGGUAGAUACUGGACCAUGUGGAAGUUACCUAUGUUUGGGUGCACUGAUGCAACACAGGUGUUGGCUGAGGUUCAAGAGGCGAAGAAGGCGUACCCACAAGCCUGGGUUCGUAUUAUCGGAUUCGACAACGUUCGUCAAGUCCAGUGCAUCAGCUUCAUUGCCUACAAGCCAGAAGGAUACUAAAUUUACAAACAUAUAAUCAAAAUGUUUGUUUGAUUUGUACCUAGUAUUUAAUUUUUUUCCAUCAAAAAUUACUGUUUUUUUUGCUUUUUGUUCCUAUUUGUACCGGUGUAUUUUCUUCGAUUCCGACCAAGUUAUGAGAAAUUAAUAAUGAUGAAUCGGUGGUUAUAUGUUUA